GUGAAAUUAAGCAUGUCAGCAGGACCCUGGUUGAGAGAGUAAAGUGGUAGGCCAACUAGCUAGUCUUCUGUAACAGAAUGUGCUCAUGUACACCCACCAGCAGCUCUGUCUCCCAUCAGCUGGAGGCAGAAUAGAUAUGAUGUAAUCUAAAUCCUCAGUCCCGACAGGAGAGAGAGAGAGAGAGAGAGAGAGAGAGACAGCCAGAGCUGGGUAACAACCGCACGGUACGGAUGGAUCUCGGUUGUUUUUGCACUUUCUAAAACACAUUUGAAAAGCCUUCGUCGGAGCCGUUGGAGUAAACGGUCCCGUGUUGUUGUGGAAGUCAUGCCGCGGAGGUUUGUCCUCUCCCGAUGAAGAGGAUGCUGGAUGCGGACCAGCCAGCAGUAGAAGCUGCACCGGCCGCGGAUGCUGUUGAACCUAUUUUUUUGGAGCCGGAAGAUGGGCCGCGUCCACUGCUGCACCUCGUUUAGCCCUGAUAGCCCCAUGCAGUAUAGUUGCCCUGCGGGGGAAUGAGCAGCCUCCAUCCCUCCAGCAGACGCCCGCCCGCUGCUCCUGCUGUCCGCCGUGUGGCCCUGCUGUGACUUGACAGGGCUGUGGAGGUCCUGACAACUAGAAAACGUGAAAGGUGGGGACGGUUUGCCUUUCCAGCUCAGGUUUAAACCAUGGCCAAUGAACCUGUCAUCCUUAACGUGUAUGAUAUGUACUGGAUAAACGAAUACACUUCCAAUCUGGGUAUUGGAGUCUUCCACUCAGGCAUCGAGAUUUAUGGCCGAGAAUUUGCAUACGGGGGUCAUCCAUACCCUUUCAGUGGCAUCUUUGAGAUCAAUCCCGGGAACGCCACUGAACUGGGAGAGACAUUCAAAUUCAAGGAGGCCAUUGUUUUGGGCACCACAGACUUCACAGAGGAGGACAUAGAUAAAAUCAUGGAGGAGCUCGGUAAAGAGUUCAAAGGCAACGCCUACCAUCUAAUGCACAAAAACUGCAACCACUUCUCCUCCUCGCUGUCUGAGUUGCUGUGUGGACGAGAAAUCCCUCGCUGGGUCAACAGACUGGCGUACUUCAGUUCCUGCAUCCCCUUCCUGCAGAGCUGCCUACCCAAGGAGUGGUUAACCCCGGCCGCCCUGCAGAGCCACAUCAGCCUCGGCCUCCACAAAGAGGAGCAUAACGAGUCCAGCGACGAGGACCCUUCGUCGCCGCCCGGAGCGGCUGCCAGCAGCUCCUCCCACAGCUGUUACCACACGAGGGUGUGAACCGCCCGACAUACAGUACACUGACAUCUGGACCUCCCUGCCACCUCUGCCAGUGGCUCAAGUGGCAUUAGUAGGCUUGAACAACCAGCUGACCUCAUACUGUUUGCCCUCUGAGUAAAGAGGCAGGAAAAGCAGCUGCUGCCAGAGACUUCAGACCUACAGAGACCCUGCGGGUCCUUUCUGCAGACGACAGGAUGACGAACCUUUUACCUGAGCACUGAAGCGUGGCUCAGACUCACCCAACAAACCAUUUGUAGAUCCGAAGUUUACAGUACAUCAUUCUAAGUCUUUUCCAUGAACUUUGAAACCUUUGUCAGCCUUGUUCCCUGCCCUACCUUCAGAGCUGCUUUUGUAGAGCAACUAGAUAGACAGCUGAGGCUACUUAUAGGGACAUUACCAGGAAAGUGCUAACCUGCUCAAUUUCAACAAGUUCUCGUUCAAUAACCUCGAUGUGGCCUUCAGUCGAUAUCGUUGACUCUGCUUUUAUUGUAUGGAACUUAAGUAGUUAACUUUGGCCAUUUUAGAGGGUUUAAAGAGGAUUUGACAAAAUUUGACAAAAUGUCCAACUGAUCUGAGACGCCACACUUCUGAUCAUAUCAUCAAGUAUUUCUUCUCCUUUUUUCCUUUUGUAAAAAACAACAACAAAUGAUUCAACCUGAGACUUGUUUUAAACAGCGAACUGGCAGUUAGCUGCCAGUUUAACCAGUUCAUAGUGUAAACAAUCAAGGGCAAAUACUGUUCAGUUUAAAUAGUUGCUGUUCAUACAGCCUCGGGUAGCCCAGUCUGUGAACAUCUCAGAGACACAAACACAAAGAAAGUCAAGCUGCUACACUGACAAUAAUUGACUUUGUAACCCAGUAAAAUGUUUGUCUACGCUUUUAUAUCCAUAUGGUCUUUAUAUUAUAAUGGUGUGAUAACUUCCAGGCUAGGAAAUGUAGGCAUUUAGGCCUGGAGAAUGUUCCUCUAUGGUACUUGUCUUAUCACCUUUUUCACCAUUAAACCAAUAAAAGCUGAGCAGUGAUGAGAAAGAAUAGCAGAAAAUCAGUAUUAUCCUUUAAAAUACAGUAAUCCUUAAAGCAAUGGGUUCUACAUGUUAGGAAAUAUACUUAUUCGCUUUCUUGCCGAAAGUUAGAUGAGAAGAUCAAUACCAUUUUCAUGUCGGUAUGGAAAAUAUAA